CGGGCGGGUCCCCCUGCAGGUCGCGGGGGUCGGGGCUGCGCACGAGGUCCCUGGCCGCGGGGAGCAGCAGCCCCGCCCGCGCCCCCUGCCGUUGCGUCCCCCUCGGCCGGGCGUCCCCGGGCGCCCCCGCCCCGCGCGGUGGUACGGUCCGGGUUUAAAAGGCUGCGGCGGCCCCCGGGCCGGCCCAGUGUGUGGGCGGUGGCGGCGGCUGCGCGCGUGGGGCCCGGGGCGCGGGGCGAGGCCGAAGGGGCGCGCGAGCGGGGCCGCGGUGGGGCUCGGGGGCGCGUCCACGUGGCCAGAGGGCGGUCACCUGGAGCCAGCAGAGGGACAGGCCUGUCCCCAGGCGCGGCUGCCGGCCAUGCCCUCUGUCUGCCUCCUCCUGCUGCUGUUCCUUGCUGUGGGGGGGGCCCUGGGCAGCAGGCCCUUCCGUGCCUUUGUGGUGACAGAUACCAAGCUUACCCACUUGGCUGUGCACCGGGUGACUGGGGAGGUGUUCGUGGGCGCAGUGAACCGAGUCUUUAAGCUGGCCCCCAACCUGACUGAGCUGCGGGCCCAUGUCACGGGGCCCAUCGAGGACAACGCUCGCUGCUACCCACCCCCCAGCAUGCGCGUGUGUGCCCACCGCCUGGCCCCCGUGGACAACAUCAACAAGCUGCUGCUCAUAGACUAUGCGGCCCGCCGCCUGGUGGCCUGCGGCAGCAUCUGGCAGGGCAUCUGCCAGUUCCUGCGCGUGGACGACCUCUUCAAGCUGGGUGAGCCGCACCACCGCAAGGAGCACUACCUGUCGGGGGCCCAGGAGCCUGACUCCAUGGCUGGUGUCAUUGUGGAGCAGGGCCAGGGGCCCAGCAAGCUGUUCGUGGGCACUGCUGUCGACGGCAAGUCGGAGUACUUCCCCACCUUGAGCUCCCGCAAGCUCAUCAGUGAUGAAGACAGCGUGGACAUGUUCAGUCUCGUGUACCAGGAUGAGUUUGUCUCCUCCCAGAUCAAGAUUCCCUCGGACACACUGUCCUUGUACCCUGCCUUUGACAUCUACUACAUCUACGGCUUCGUCAGCGCCUCCUUCGUGUACUUCCUGACGCUGCAGCUGGACACCCAGCAGACGCUGCUGGACACAGCGGGCGAGAAAUUCUUCACGUCCAAGAUCGUGCGCAUGUGCGCUGGGGACUCAGAGUUCUACUCAUAUGUGGAAUUCCCCAUCGGCUGCUCCUGGCGUGGUGUGGAGUACCGCUUAGUGCAGAGCGCCCACCUGGCCAAGCCUGGCCUGCUGCUGGCCCAGGCCCUGGGCGUGCCGGCUGACGAGGACGUCCUCUUCACCAUCUUCUCUCAGGGCCAGAAGAACCGAGCCAGCCCACCCCGGCAGACCAUCCUCUGCCUCUUCACUCUCAGCGACAUCAAUGCCCACAUCCGGCGCCGUAUCCAGUCCUGCUAUCGUGGGGAGGGCACCCUGGCCCUGCCCUGGCUACUGAACAAGGAGCUGCCCUGCAUCAACACUCCCAUGCAGAUCAACGGCAACUUCUGCGGGCUGGUGUUGAACCAGCCUCUGGGAGGCCUGCACGUGAUCGAGGGGCUGCCCCUGCUGGCCGACAGCACCGACGGCAUGGCCAGUGUGGCCGCCUACACCUACCGCCGGCAUUCUGUGGUCUUCAUUGGCACGCGCAGCGGCAGCCUGAAGAAGGUGCGGGUCGAUGGCUCCCAGGAUGCCCACCUGUAUGAGACGGUCCCCGUGGUGGAUGGCAGCCCCAUCCUCCGAGACCUGCUCUUCAGCCCGGACCACCAGCACAUCUAUCUCCUGAGUGAGAAGCAGGUGAGCCAGCUUCCGGUGGAGACCUGUGAGCAGUACCCGAGCUGCACGGCCUGCCUGGGCUCCGGGGACCCACACUGUGGUUGGUGUGUGCUGCAGCACAGGUGCUGCCGCGAAGGGGCCUGUCCGGGCGCCUCUGCCCCGCACGGCUUUGCUGAGGAACUGAACAAGUGUGUCCAGGUGCGGGUCCGGCCCAACAAUGUGUCAGUGAUGUCGCCUGGGGUGCAGCUGACCGUCGCGCUGCACAAUGUGCCGGACCUCAGUGCAGGCGUGAGCUGCACCUUCGAGGAGGUGGCGGAGAGUGAGGCGAUCCUGCUGCCCUCCGGUGAACUGCUCUGCCCCUCACCCUCCCUCCAGGAGCUCCGAGCUCUUACCAGAGGGCAUGGGGCCACCCGCACCGUGCGGCUGCAGCUUCUCUCCAAGGAGACAGGCGUGAGGUUCGCCGGUGCUGAUUUUGUCUUCUACAAUUGCAGCGUCCUCCAGUCGUGCAUGUCCUGUGUUGGCAGCCCCUACCCCUGCCACUGGUGUAAGUACCGCCACGCUUGUACCAGCCGCCCCCAUGAGUGCUCCUUCCAGGAGGGCAGGGUCCGCAGCCCUGAGGGCUGCCCUGAGAUCCUGCCCAGUGGGGACCUCCUGAUCCCCGUUGGGGUCAUGCAGCCUCUUACCUUGCGGGCUAAGAACCUACCUCAGCCGCAGUCGGGCCAGAAGAACUAUGAGUGCGUGGUGCGGGUGCAGGGGCGGCAGCAGCGGGUGCCUGCCGUGCGCUUCAACAGCAGCAGUGUGCAGUGCCAGAAUGCCUCGUACUCCUAUGAAGGUGAUGAGCAUGGUGACACCGAGCUGGACUUUUCCGUGGUCUGGGAUGGAGACUUCCCCAUAGACAAGCCUCCCAGCUUCCGAGCCCUCCUGUACAAGUGCUGGGCGCAGCGGCCUAGCUGUGGCCUCUGCCUCAAGGCUGAUCCCCGCUUCAACUGUGGCUGGUGCAUCUCAGAGCACAGGUGCCAGCUGCGGACCCACUGCCCAGCCCCAAAGACCAACUGGAUGCACCUGAGCCAGAAGGGCACCCGGUGCAGCCACCCCCACAUCACGCAGAUCCACCCUCUUGUGGGGCCUAAGGAGGGAGGCACCCGGGUCACCAUCAUGGGUGAGAACCUGGGCCUCUUGUCCCGAGAGGUGGGCCUGCGGGUGGCUGGUGUGCGUUGCAACUCUAUCCCGGCUGAGUACAUCAGUGCUGAGAGGAUCGUGUGUGAGAUGGAGGAGUCGCUGGUGCCCAGCCCACCACCGGGGCCCGUGGAGCUGUGCGUGGGUGACUGUUCAGCUGACUUCCGCACACAGUCGGAGCAGCUCUACAGCUUUGUGACCCCAACAUUUGACCAAGUGAGUCCCAGCCGUGGCCCGGCGUCAGGGGGCACACGGCUCACCAUCUCAGGCAGCUCUCUGGAUGCUGGCAGCAGGGUCACAGUGACUGUGAGGGACAGCGAGUGCCAGUUCAUAAGGAGAGAUGCCAAGGCGAUCGUGUGCAUCUCACCCGUCUCCACCCUGGGCCCCAGCCAGGCCCCCAUCAUACUUGCCAUUGACCGGGCUAACAUCUCCAGCCCCGGAGUCAUCUACACCUACACUCAGGACCCGACCGUCACCCGCCUUGAGCCCACCUGGAGCAUCAUCAACGGAAGCACCGCCAUCACUGUGAGCGGGACACACCUGCUGACGGUCCAGGAGCCCCGGGUCCGUGCCAAGUACCGCGGCAUCGAGACCACCAACACAUGUCAGGUGAUCAACGACACUGCCAUGCUGUGUAAGGCCCCCGGCAUCUUUCUUGGGCAGCCCCAGCCUCGGGCGCAAGGCGAGCACCCUGAUGAGUUUGGUUUCCUGCUGGACCACGUGCAAACUGCCCGCUCCCUCAACCGCUCCUCCUUUACCUACUACCCUGACCCCAGCUUUGAGCCGCUGGGGCCCUCUGGUGUGCUGGAUGUCAAACCGGGCUCCCACGUGGUGCUGAAGGGCAAAAACCUGAUUCCCGCAGCAGCCGGCAGCUCCCGCCUCAACUACACUGUGCUGAUAGGAGGCCAGCCAUGUGCGCUCACUGUCUCGGACACACAACUCCUGUGCGACUCACCCAGCCAGACUGGCCGGCAGCCUGUCAUGGUGCUGGUGGGUGGCCUGGAGUUCUGGCUGGGCACCUUGCACAUCUCGGCAGAGCGGGCACUGACCCUACCGGCCAUGAUGGGGCUGGCGGCGGGGGGCGGGCUCCUGCUGCUGGCCAUCACAGCUGUGCUGGUGGCCUACAAGCGCAAGACUCAGGACGCGGACCGCACCCUCAAGCGCCUGCAGCUGCAGAUGGACAACCUGGAGUCCCGUGUGGCUCUGGAGUGCAAGGAAGCUUUUGCAGAGCUGCAGACAGACAUCAACGAGCUAACUAACCACAUGGACGAGGUGCAGAUCCCCUUCCUGGACUACCGGACCUAUGCCGUGCGCGUGCUCUUCCCUGGCAUCGAGGCCCACCCGGUGCUCAAGGAGCUGGACACGCCACCCAAUAUGGAGAAGGCCCUGCGCCUCUUCGGGCAGCUGCUGCACAGCCGCGCCUUCGUGCUUACCUUCAUCCACACGCUGGAAGCCCAGAGCAGCUUCUCCAUGCGCGACCGUGGCACCGUGGCCUCGCUCACCAUGGUGGCCCUGCAGAGCCGGCUCGACUAUGCCACGGGGCUGCUCAAGCAACUGCUGGCUGACCUCAUCGAGAAAAACCUGGAGAGUAAGAACCAUCCCAAGCUGCUGCUACGCAGGACAGAGUCAGUGGCUGAGAAGAUGCUUACCAACUGGUUCACGUUCCUGCUGCAUAAGUUUCUGAAGGAGUGUGCUGGGGAGCCUCUCUUCCUGCUUUACUGCGCCAUCAAGCAGCAGAUGGAGAAGGGCCCAAUCGAUGCCAUCACGGGCGAGGCACGAUACUCCCUGAGUGAGGACAAGUUGAUCCGGCAGCAGAUCGACUACAAGACACUGACCCUGCACUGCGUGUGUCCGGAGAACGAGGGCAGUGCCCAAGUCCCAGUGAAGGUUCUCAACUGUGACAGCAUCACCCAGGCCAAAGAUAAGCUGCUGGACACUGUGUACAAGGGCAUUCCGUACUCCCAGCGCCCCAAAGCUGAGGACAUGGACCUGGAGUGGCGCCAGGGCCGCAUGACUCGCAUCAUCCUCCAGGAUGAGGAUGUCACCACCAAGAUCGAGUGUGACUGGAAGAGGCUCAACUCACUGGCCCACUACCAGGUGACAGAUGGUUCCUUGGUGGCACUGGUGCCCAAACAAGUAUCUGCCUAUAACAUGGCCAACUCCUUCACCUUCACCCGCUCCCUCAGCCGCUACGAGAGCUUGCUCCGCACCGCCAGCAGCCCUGAUAGCCUCCGCUCACGGGCACCCAUGAUCACGCCUGACCAGGAGACAGGCACCAAAUUGUGGCACCUGGUGAAAAACCACGACCAUGCUGACCAUCGUGAGGGGGACCGUGGCAGCAAGAUGGUCUCCGAGAUCUACCUGACACGGCUGCUGGCCACCAAGGGCACACUGCAGAAGUUCGUGGAUGACCUCUUUGAGACAGUGUUCAGCACAGCCCACCGGGGCUCAGCCCUGCCCCUGGCCAUCAAGUACAUGUUCGACUUCCUGGACGAGCAGGCCGACCAGCGCCAGAUCAGCGACCCCGACGUGCGCCACACCUGGAAGAGCAACUGCCUGCCACUGCGCUUCUGGGUGAAUGUGAUCAAGAACCCGCAGUUCGUGUUCGACAUCCACAAGAACAGCAUCACGGAUGCCUGCCUGUCGGUGGUAGCCCAGACCUUCAUGGACUCCUGCUCCACAUCCGAGCACCGCCUGGGGAAGGACUCGCCCUCCAACAAACUGCUCUAUGCCAAGGACAUCCCCAACUACAAGAGCUGGGUGGAGAGGUAUUAUCGAGACAUUGCAAAGAUGGCACCCAUCAGCGACCAGGACAUGGAUGCUUACCUGGUGGAGCAGUCCCGCCUCCAUGCCAGCGACUUCAAUGUCCUGAGUGCACUCAGCGAGCUCUAUUUCUAUGUCACCAAGUACCGCCAGGAGGGCCCGGGGCCGGCACAGGUGAUGCUCUCUGGGAUCACAGGUAGAUGCUGGAAUUUGAGGGACCCAGGAGAUAAGCCACUGGCUGGGUACAAAGUGGCCACUGGGUAAAAGUUAAAGGGCCUGAGCACUGGAAGGGAUGGGCCAGGCUUUGUGAUGAGAAAUGGCCAGAGGCAGGAGGACAUAGAGGUGUGGACUUUAGGAUGGAGUCUGGGCCAGACACAUUUGCAAGCCUGUGGAUGGCAUUUAAAGCCCUGAGCCUGGAUGAGCUCACAGGGAAGCCACAAGUGGGUGUGGAGGGAGAAGCGGCCCAAGCACUGAGCCCAGGGCCCCAGGACACAAAGAGUGGAGGGGAGGGGAGGGGAGGCGCGGCAGCCAGCAGGGAGGAUGCCCGAGACGCCUGGUGGGGUCUGGCAACCUGAGCCAGUGAGGACCCCUCACAGGUCAGGGAGUGGCAGUGGCCAGCUCUGUCUUCCAGCGCUGCUGCUGGUGAAGGAUGGUGUCCUGCAGAACACUCACUGGGUCUGGCAAGGGUCAUGGGGGCCUGGUGAGGGAGGCUUGGGCUAGGAGGUAAUGGGAGGGGGAAUCCAGCACAGCGAGUCCAGAGUCCAGGCCGCACCCUAGCUGUGGAGAGGAGGAGAAAGUGCUGUUGUCGGAGGGGCAUUUGGGGCUGAGGAGAGCUGGUGGGUUUGUACAGGGGCUGCGGGGGAGGACGGAGGGGUGAGGCGUGUGGGAGGGAGGAGCCCAGCUGGGAAGUGGGGACUUUGCAGGGCAGGAGCUGCGCCCCCUACAGAGCCCAGCUCCAGGGGAUUCCUCUCCCCCAGAUUCUCACGGCUCUGGAACGAGAUGCCUCUUGUCGGAAGCAUAAGUUACGGCAGAAACUGGAACAGAUCAUCAACCUCGUGUCCAGUGACAGCUAAGGGUGGUGGAAUUGGUGAGGAGGGGCUUCUCAGUCCUGAGCCGUCCUCCCAUCCAGGGGAGUGGCUGGCUCAAACAUGGGUCCCCGGGCUGAGCCCUGGAUUGGGUAUCAUGGAGCAGGUCACCCUGGCCAGGAUGCCCCCAGCACACCCAGGCCCCCUUCAUUAGUGCCUUGCUUUGGGCCCUGCAGGGGGAGGGGUGACAGGAUGAGCCCCCAUCCCAGCAGCAGCAAUACCCCACCCUCCUGCCCUGUGCCCAGGUAUUGGGACAGACCCGCCCUCCCUGCUAUUUAUAUCCCUCUGCCUAUUUAUUGAAUCACACUUCGCCUCCAUCUCCAUCUGUAAAUAUGUGUCCCCCACGGGAUGUCGCCAGCCUCACUCACCUGCCUGUUCUUGAGCUGUCCUGGGCCCUGCCACCCGUCUGGGCUCCUUUGUGUAGCAUUAUCAGCCUUGGUCUGGCCUCUGGCACCUCACUCCUGCCAUGGCUGACCCCACCCAUUCCAAGGCGGGGUCACGGUACCAGUGGCACUUGGGGUGAGGUCUCCAAAGCUUCCUCAGAAUUGUGGCUGUGCCACACUGGGCCACAGGGUCCCCCUCAAGCACCUUGGGGCCGUCUUCUCGUGAGCAUGUGGAGGACUGGACCCAGGCUUGUGCCAGGGCCUGACUUAGGCCUAGGGGCCCCAGAAUGCUGCUCCUCCUGAGCCUACUGCUAAAUGUCCUCAGUGUGGUCUGCGCCUGCUCCGACUCACUCAGCCACCCCAUUCAGCGCCCGCUCCGUCCAGCGCCCGCCCUGAGGGGCCCAGGCGGCCGUGCCUUACUAUUCCGUGUCUUCUGCCUCUUCUGAGGAAUCUGACCCUGUCUCACGGUCCCAGACCCCCCAUUCUCUCCUCUUAGUUGCAUGAGUUUUUCUUUGUUCAUGGAAUGUUGUUUCCUAAUUAAAUGUUGAGAAAAUGCC